AUGGCCCUUCAAAGGAUUUCAUUCCUAUUUGUUUUAUAUUCAGCCAUAAUAGCAAACGUGUUUUACGAAUUUUUAAUUGACAAAAUUUGUGAGAAGCACCAACAAACAAAGCCCCACAUUUACGCCUCAAACGUGAAGGAGGUAGGGGAAAAGGAUCGGACCAAAAGACAAAUGAAAAAAAACCAUGAAAUUCUUCAUUUUUUACAACAGGGGCAUGUAACAUCAAAAGUAAAUUUAAAAAGGGUUGUUAGAAAAGAGGCAAGAAGAAAGGAAGACAAACCAAGGAAGAGGAAAAGAAAUCACAGGGAAAAUGUUUCCAUAUCUGGAAAAAGCAUGUACCCAAUUCACAACAUCUACUUCAAUGAGAUGCGAGGUAGUAGAAGUGGUGAAAGUGGCGAAAGUGAUGGACAUGAUGAAAAUUCUCGUGUAACAGAUGGAUACUUGAAAGGGGAUUCAAACGUGGAAGAAGUCGACUGUGGGAAAAAUUCGAAAGGUUGUACAAAUAGCAAGGUGAAAAACUUCGUGCGCUUAAUGAAGGGAAUUGGAGAUAUUAAUACAAGGAAGGAGGAGGGAAAUGCUAAAAGUGAAGAAAAUAUAUACAGCGAUCAACAACAUACAGUGGUUGUCUAUGAUGGGUUGGACGAACAAAAGGACUUAUAUAAUAAGUACAAAGAAGAAAGGGAUGAUGGUAUGUUAACAAUAGUUAUACAGGGAACCGAGUACUUAGGCGUAGGUUAUGAUUUCAUAUUUGGGAAUCCAAUUGGAGACCCGUUCUUAAAAGUAGAUCCUGGAUAUAGAGAUUCUAUAAUAAAAUUAACAUACCCCAAAUCAGAUGUAGAUUAUCCUGAUAGUUAUAUAAAUAUGAAUCCAAAUGGUUCGUACGUACGCAAUGAAAUUUCUUGUAAUAGAUCAGAAAAUGAAAGUGAAAUAAGUACAAUGAGUGAAUACACAAAAGAGCUCUCAGUUGAUGCAUCGUUAGGAGCAUCUUAUGGAUUCUUUGGUUCCUUUUCAGCAUCUACUGGAUAUAAGAGUGUGUCUAAUACCAUUUCGAAGAAGAAGUAUAGAUUGUUCAUGUUAAAAAGCUACUGUUUUAAAUAUAUGGCAUCUUUGUCGCAAUAUUCGCAAUGGAAAUUGAGCGACCAGUUUGUAAGGGCCAUUUCGUUAUUACCGUCAUAUUUUAAUUCGUUACAGUAUGAUGAAACUUACUGCACUGUGGAAGAGUUCAGAGAUAAUAGAAAAACAGAAAAGUGCGGAAAGAGUGUUGAAGCUUGGAUGUAUUUUUUUAAAAAUUUUGGGACUCAUGUUUCGACACUUAUACAUUUGGGGGGGAAAAUAACGCAACAAGUGAAAAUAUCAAAAAAUGAGUACAAAACUAUGAGUGAAAAUGGUCUAUCAGUUUCUGUAAGUGCAUCAGCUGGGUUUGGACUAUUCAAGGCAAAAGCAUCAACAAGCACUGAUUCCAACGAGACAAGCAAUGAAGCGACUUCUAAUUCGAGUAUGGAAAAAGAAACAGUAAUAAUCGGAGGAACUACUAUUUAUGACCCUAAUGAUCCAAAAAAUUUUGAAAAAUGGGCAAAGAGUAUAAAAGAUAAUCCAAUGCCCAUAAAAGGGGAAUACGAACCCUUGUCCAGAAUAUUACCUAAUAGAUUAACUAAGAUAUAUGAAGAGGCAUUAAAUUUCUACAUGUCUGUGAAUGUUCCUUUAAAUUUAGGACAAACAACAAAUGAUGAAAUAAAGAGGUACAAUGUGAAAGAUCAAUUAAAGAAAUCUAAAAUAAUAUAUGGAAGUGGAAAUGGGUUGGUUGUUCUUGAAUGUGAAGAGAAGCAAAAUUUUAUAUUAGGUUUUUCCCUAUCAGUACCUAACGAUUUAACCAUAUUGAAAGAUUUUUAUUUGAAUACUUGUGAUGAAGAUUCGGAUAAGUGUUAUUCUAAAAUGAGUGAAAAUUCUUAUAACUACAUAUUUGCCAUGUGCAAUGAUGAAAUGAUUCCAUUUUUUGAACAAAAAGCAAAGUCAGGAACAGGAUUAUUAACACUUGAAUGUUCAGAAAAAAAUCAAGUUAUUUUAUUUGGUUUUGGAAUUAGUGUAUUAAAUUCGAAUGAUCCUAUAUCUAUAGCUAUAUACCCAUGCAAGUAUGGAAAGCCAUCUUGUUCUAUGCAAGGCCCAACAGACCAAUCAGCAGUUGGCUUGUGGGUUGUAUGUGGUCAUGAAGAAUCUAUGAAUUCUAAGUUUUCGGUUAACGUAAGGAAAUUAGCACAGGAUAAUGUAUCCGGAAAGAAGAAAAAACCUAUAGAAAUAUGUCCAGAACAGGUUUUAUUUAACCUCAUUUUUGAAUUUACUCGUACUCCUCUGAACAAACGAAAUGGAUCAUGUUUUACUGUGAAUGAUAUAUGUCCAAAGGAUUUCCAUGUCUGUUCGGAUAAGAAACAUUUAAAGGGUUUCAACUAUUACUCGGUGUCGGUGUAUUAG